AUGGUGUUCAAUACUCACGUUGUUGUUCGUGUCGCACGUUUUUCUGCUGAAGCAUGGCAACGCUUGUCGUGCAUUGAUGAACCUAUAGACAGUGAUCAGCUUUUGGAUCUUCUAUGUUGUUUUCCUCUUCAUCAAUUCGGUCGGGUGGCUCUUUGUUUAUGUUCCUUCUUUUGUCUCCCUCAACCCCAUUCUUUCUACUCUUCUUAUCUCAUAUCCGAUGAUUCUGAUGACUAUGAUUCUCGUUCUGCUGCUUCUUCUUCCUCUACCCUCCAUCUUGAACAUGACUACUAUUACCACUCUCAUUCUGAUUGUAUGUUUCUCUCUAUCUCUUUUUUUUUUUAA